AUGGACGGAGACAUUAAGAGGGUACAGCAAGGAGCCUUUAGUAGUAUAUCUUCGACCUUGCUAGCGUUAGGUUUACCAAACAAUCAACUCCCAUCUGUGCCCACAGAAGCUUUGGUCUACCUCACCUUUUUAGACCGACUAGACCUCUCUAACAACAAAAUACAUACUCUAGACCCGAAUUCGUUUAAGGGUAUACAAAAUCUUACUUAUUUGGACAUAAGUGAUAACCAGUUGACGAGUAUAUCGGUUGGCGCCUUUGAGCCUCUGUCAAAGCUAACUGUGCUUAGGCUUAGAGGCAAUUUAUUGAAAGUGUCUGCGUUGACUGCACUAAAGGCAGCACAUGUAUUGAAAGAACUGGAUGUUUCAAGCAAUGCACUAGAAGGUCCCGUUGGUCCGAAUACAGUACCAACACUUAGCUUUUUGGAGACACUUCAUUUGUCUGACAACACGUUUGCAAGUAUAAGACGUGGAGCAUUAUCAGGUCUUACAAACUUAACUCAUUUAAAUCUGCACAACAAUCAGAUAGACGUAUUAGAAGACUACGCUUUCAAACACCUGUCUAAUCUGUCGAAUUUGGAUCUCUCUCACAAUGAAAUUGUAGCUGUUUCAGGUGCAUCAUUAGCUCAACUUAUAAAUUUAGUACGUUUGGAUUUAUCACACAACUUUCUCCGUUCUCUCUCCGCUGAGCCUCUGAAGGCACUUCAUCAUCUCUCCGAACUUCUCCUUCAUGAUAACGACAUAUCGAUGAUCGAAGACGGCGCCCUCCUACAACACAAAGACUUGCGGCAGUUUACUAUUGAAGAUAAUCCACUUAAUUGCGAUUGCUUAAUGGCGGGCUUUGCGAGGUGGUUGCGGGAGGCAAAAAAUCUGCCUCAGUCAGAUAAAUCAGCGGCUGUUUGUGCAACACCACCACAUUUAGAGGGAGCAUUGAUUUCUCGAUUAUCGAAAAAUAAGCUUUGUGAUGAUGAACAUAUUGACACGAAUGCGAAAAUAAAUGAAGAUGUUAUUUAUGAUUAUAAUAAAGUGAUUGAAAACACAAUAGACGAUAAAGAUGAUGUGUACAGUGACAAACAAGACGGUUUGGAUGAUGAUAUGUAUGAUGAUGAACUGGAGGUUCCGGCGGAAGAAGAUUUACCGAUUUCCAAGGCUAAGGUUCGUCUUUUAGAUGCUUGGUUUGAUGACGAAGAAGUUCACUUAUCUUGGGCAUUAGAACCUUCAUCCUCUCAUCGCUACAGAUGUACGGGAGUGACUGCGUCUAAAAGCGGGGGUCUUCCGAAGCACAUUGCUUGUCACAGAGCUGCCCCCGCAAAUAUUGUGUUGAGAGGAUUGAAAAUAGAUCCCGUGGAAAAAUAUACGUUUUGUAUAGCGUUAGAAGAAAUGGAUAGUAAAGAUAUGCCUGUGGCCCUCGUGUUAGGGUGUGGCGCGCCACAACUUGUGAGGCAACGAGCUGAAUACAUUACUGCUAGACCGUCACCCAUAACGGUUGCUGAUAGAGAAACUUUAAGGGUAUCCGAAGUUCGAUCAAACGUGACAAGCGAUGGAUUGCUAACGGUUCUUAUAUCUGUUAUGGGAAUUUCUAAAUCCCAAUUUUCCAGAACUCAAAGAGUUUUGACUCCCGAAACACGUUUCCUCCCCUUGUACAAUUGUUAUAUUGUGUUAGCGGUAUUAUCUAGAGGGUCGUUAGUAGCGCAAAAAGAUACACCGUGUCAAGAAACUUUAGAAGUCUCCAUGGAAGGCUUUAUUAGAGGACCCUACGAAGUUUGCGCGUCGAUAUCUAAAUUUAAAGUCAGUGAAAUUCAACCAAUAUGUGUCGUACCUCAGCUACUGGAGAUAGGUUCUUUAGAAAUAAAAUCGGGUUUUAAAAAUUUGAAUUCAGCGCUAAUUGGGGUUGCUUUAGGUCUGAUGAUUAUAGUGAUUGGACUGGUUUGGUUUGUUAGGAAAAUGUUGAAGAAGCCAUCUGAAUUUCAAAGCCAUAGGUGUUUCAGGCCUGAGCCGAUGCCUGAAGAGAAUCUUAGGGCCAGUUAUGUUAUGUUAACGGCUACUUCUAAGGUA